AUGGCCACCACAAACCACCCCCCAAGUCCCGAGAACCCGGGCAACGUCAGCCCCAAUGCGGAACCAUAUGUCCCUGAGCGCACCCCCGCGAGCGUCUCGACCGAAAAGCCACCAUCCGGCAACCUUGCAGCCACCAGCGAGAAGACCUUUGUCCCCGAACCGCUCCCAACCAUUCGUCUGGUUCCCCUCAUCCUUGGUGUCUGCCUUGGUCUGUUCCUUUCUAUGCUCGACUCCUCCAUCGUCGCAACGUCUCUCUUCACUAUCGCUGCUGAGUUCGGGAGAGAUGGCAUCGACGUCAGCGGCAUCAACUGGGUGGCGCUCGCCUACACACUGUCCUACUUGGGCUGUGCGGUGUUGUUCGCACGCGUGUCCGACGUGAUCGGUCGCCGAGCGACGUUUGCGGCCGCGUAUGCCGUGUUUAUUGCGUUCUCGGUGGGCUGUGGGUUUGCGACGAAUUUAGAGGAGCUGAUUGCGCUGAGGGCGUUGCAGGGGAUGGGAGGGUCUGGGUUGUACAGCGUGGCCAUGGUUAUCUUGACUGAGGCGACGCCAGAGCGGGCGAAGCAGCAUAUCGCCGGCGUGAUUGGAUUUGUCGUGACAAUAUCUGGUGUGUUGGGCCCUGUUCUGGGCGGUAUCCUGACCGAAUUCACGAGUUGGAGAUGGGUGUUUUGGAUUAACGGCCCCGUCGGCGUCUUCUCACUCAUCGUUUUUAUCCUUUCUUGGCCCGACGAUAAGUACCUGCCGUCGUUGGAGCGCCGGGCCUGGAAGGACUUGGACUUUGUUAGCGCUUUUCUUUUUGUACGGCCGGUCGGCGCUGCAAGCGGGUCUGAUGCUGCUCCCGAUGCUGCCACCGCUCAAGGUAUCAUCGCGCAAGUCCGCAUUUUCGGUGGAAGCAUCGGCAUUGCUGCGUCGUCCGCCAUCCUCGCUGUCAAACUGCGUUCCGAUCUCGCAGGAACCGCCGCCGAGUCCCUCGGCUCCGGCACCGUGGCCAGGCUGGCGGCUGACACGAACUCGCUGCCUGCCGAGCAGUGGGAUGCCAUCCGGCGCGUCUACACGGAUGCUCUGCGUGAAAACAUGAUUGUUUGUUGUGCCGUGCUCGUGGUCGGAAUGCUGGUUACGUUGGGUGUGUAUCGUCGCAACCGGGUGUCGAUGGUAGAGAUGAUGCACCAGCGGUAUCGUGAAGAGGCGGAGAGGAGGAAGGGGGCCACAACAACUGCCACAACAACUGCCAAAAUCACAACCUUCGCCCGCCUUCUCGUCCGCCCCAACAAGCUUCCUUUUCGUUUCGCUUUGGCAUCGCCAUUAACAACCCGUGCCAUGUCAGCCGCAGCCAUGACCAAGCGCCUCGAAGGCAAGACCGUGGUCAUAACCGGCGCGUCGUCCGGAAUCGGGCGAAGCUGUGCUUUUGAGUUUGCGCGCACCGCGCCCAAGAACCUCAAGCUCGUGCUCACUGCCCGCCGCGUGGACCGGUUGCGCGAGAUUGCCACCCAGAUCCGCGAGGAAGUAGGUGAAGGCGUGCAGGUGCUGCCUGUUGAGUUGGAUGUAUCAGACCCCGAGGCUGUGAAGGGCUUUGUGGGGAAGCUACCUGAGGAGUUUAAGGCGGUAGAUGUGCUAGUUAACAAUGCGGGCCUCGUCAAAGGAAUGGCCCGCGCACCUGAGAUUGCGGAAGACGACAUCAACGUCAUGUUCAAGACUAAUGUGACCGGUCUGAUCAAUAUGACGCAAGCUGUGUUGCCCAUCUUCAAGACCCGCCCUGAAGGCGGCGCGGGAGAUAUUAUCAACGUCGGUAGCAUCGCCGGCCGCGAGCCAUACGCCGGCGGCAGCAUCUACUGCGCCACUAAAGCCGCCGUGCGCUCCUUCAGCGAUGCCCUACGCAAGGAACUAAUUGAUACCCGUAUUCGUGUUAUGGAGGUUGACCCGGGCCAGGUCGAGACGGAAUUCUCCGUCGUCCGCUUCUACGGAGACAAGUCCAAGGCUGAUGCAGUCUAUGCCGGCUGCGACCCUCUUACCCCUGACGACAUUGCAGAGGUGGUUGUCUUUGUUGCAGGACGGCGGCAGAACGUGGUCGUUGCCGACACACUUAUCUUCCCGAGCCACCAGGCUGGUGCUGGGGCGCUGCAUCGCAAGACAUAA